GGUUCCUCUCAUUCCCCUUCCACCUCUCUCUUUCUUUCCACUACUCGCCCUCUCUCUCUUGCGCGCGCGUGACAACAUCCCUCCACGGGCGCGCGGCGCGGGAGCACCCACCGACUUAUCGCCGGUGGGGCGGGGCGGGGGCGAUCUGAUGCCGGCGCGGCGGUGAUGGCAGCGCCGUCCGGCGGUGGGGGCGGCGGUGCGGGGGAGGGCUCCUCCUCGGCCGCCGCAGCUAUGACGAUCGGGGCCCACGGGGUGGACCAAGUCACAGAAGCGAUGUGGCAGAUGAAUUUAGGAGAUGCCAUGGAACUGGGGCCAUACCCAGAGCGUGUUGGUGAUCCAGACUGUAGCUAUUACAUGAGGACUGGCAUGUGCAGGUUUGGGAUGACCUGUAAAUUUAAUCACCCAGCAGACAGAAAGCUGGCUGUUGCUGCUGCAAGAAUGAAGGGAGAAUAUCCUCAAAGAAUUGGACAGCCUGAAUGUCAAUACUAUCUGAAGACUGGCACAUGCAAGUUUGGAGCAACUUGCAAGUUUCAUCAUCCCCGAGAAAAGGCUGCAAUGGCAACUCGAGUUCAGCUGAAUGAACUGGGCUACCCACUCCGCCUGAAUGAAAAGGAAUGUGCUUAUUAUUUAAGAACAGGGCAGUGCAAGUUUGGAAGCACAUGUAAGUUUCACCAUCCACAACCAUCCACUAUGAUGGUUGCCGUACGUGGCUCUGUUUAUUCACCUGGACAGUCUGCAACUUCUCCUGGCCAUCAUGCUUACCAGGGGGCUGUAACAAGCUGGCCCUUGUCGAGAUCUGCUUCUUUCAUUGCAAGUCCAAGGUGGCCAGGUCAUUCAAGUUAUGCACAAGUUAUUGUUCCUCCUGGGCUUGUUCAGGUCCCAGGGUGGAGUCCUUAUGCUGCGCAGAUUGGUUCUUCAUCCUCGGAUGACCAACAACGGACACCUGGAGCUGCCCAAUACUAUACUGGCUCACGCCAGAGUGGAACACCUGGCAUAGGCGAUCGAGGAAUGUUUUCAUCCUACCAAGCAGGUUCUGUUCCCGUUGGACUUUAUGCAGUACAGACGGAGAAUGUAUUUCCAGAGAGACCUGACCAACCUGAAUGUCAGUUCUAUAUGAAGACCGGAGACUGUAAGUUUGGUUCUGUAUGCAAGUUCCAUCAUCCCAGGGAGCGAAUAAUUCCUACUCCCAAUUGUGCACUAAGUCCAUUAGGCCUACCUUUGCGCCCGGGAGAACCAAUAUGCAGUUUCUAUAAUCGCUAUGGCAUGUGCAAGUUUGGUCCAAAUUGCAAAUUUCAUCAUCCGAUGGGAAACCCUAUGUAUGGCCAUGCUUCAUCACCGACAAGUGAGGCCCAAACAUCUCGGCGUAUGCUGGCACAUGUACCAUCGCAUCCAGAAGUAUCACCUGACAGUGGCUCGGGAAGGUCUAGGAGGAUUGUUCAUUCAGAUUCCCAGCAAAUACCCUCUGUUGAAAGGAUCACCGAGAGAGAGGCGUCCUAAGCCAUCCUCGGUGUCUUCGUUCAUGCUGCCUCCCCUCCCCUCCCCUCCCAUUCUUGACGAGUAAUUAAAUGCAACAACAUCUGAGAAUCCGAAGCUGUACAGGUCUUUUGCCUCAUCUUUGAGCUUUACAUACCGGAGCUUGCUUCAACAUGUAUUGCAUCCAGGCAUGAAAAAGUUCUUGCCGGUUCGGGAUGCUCAUUUGCCCCCAUAAAAACGGGAACAAACCUACCUUAUUUAAACAUAUGUAUGAAACUCACUCACCUCUGGACAUUCAAACCCAUUCGAGUAAUGGUCCCGGUGUUGUAGUUUAUAGAGCUGUGUUUCAGUGGACAAACCUUUGCGAAACUGACUGGGGAUGCGCAAGCAUAGCCUCCUUUAUUAAUUAUUAUCUCGUUUUUUUCCUAGCAUCUCUCUUUUCAUAAGGGCAACCCAAAGUGUUGGAAUAAUAGAUUGCCACCAUAAUGCUCUGUAUUACCCACCAUAUUUAAACCUGGUUACUUGUGAG